ACUUUUUGAGUCACAGAUGUGAGAGAGCAGAUGUUACAGCAGCUAGCUGAGCCUGCAACCUGACAGAUUCUGUCAUUCUCAUCAGUUCCAGGAUCAGAAAGACAGAAUCCGAAUGCUAGGAUCAGAAUAAAGAUCUUCUUCAUGUUUGUUGGUUUUGAGUUUCUGCUCCUCUCCUCAAAUGUCUCCAACCUUUUAUGGCUGCUGGCUGCAUGUGAUGUUGCUUAAAACGGGAAAAGCCAGAUUCUGUGAUGUUUACAUUGGACCCUGUGUUUCUUGUUCAGCCAAUCCAAGUCACGCCCCUCAUUUUCGUUAUUCCUCGCACCUGUGUUUCUUCCUAUUGUCUCCCUUCUUAAACCUCCCUCAGUCACAACCACGCUGCCAGUAAGUACCUUUCUGUGAACGAGAUAAUUCUUCUUCUUUGUGAGUUAAGCAAAGACCAGAAAAUCACCAUACUGGCUAAAAUAUUUAAAAGGGCUAGGAUAUUGAUUUAAAGGGAAGAACUUAAGAGAUCAGACUCUAUUCCUUGGAGUCUUACUUUUGAUCAAUUCUUUCCGUACUGUUGUCAAAGGAUUUCUGGCUGAGAGGAAGUGUUAAAUGAAAUCUCAUUAUGCUCUAAAUUUAGUGUAGUGCACCGUGCUGGUGUUGUGUAAGAAUGCGGCAGCAGUAAAUGCAGCGUAUUAAGGAGCUGCUGCCAGGAGUUUAACCUCAAUGUUGGCACAGAUUACACCAAGAUUAACCAGAAUAUAGUUCAAUUUCAGCCCAACGUGUUAAGCAUAGAGAAUCCUUGGCUUCUGAUACUCUUGAACUUCUGAAGCCUAAAUAUCAUUCAAAGAUGCCAAGACAGUCAUUAUUAAACAUAUAUAGGGCUCUCAUGAGAUCAACAAUAGACUACGGUAGUUUUAUAUAUGGAGUAGCAGCUAAAACAACAUUACAAAAAAUAGAUACUUUACAGAAUAGGGCUUUACGUAUAUGUACAGGAGCAGUGAAAACGACACCUAUUAAUGCCCUUCUAGUAGAGACUGGAGAGAUUCCACUAGAAAUAAGAAGAAUAAAAUUAGCUCUGACAUACUGGAUGAAAAUAAAAAGUAAAAAAGAUGAAAAUGUAAAUUCAACAAUAUUAAAAUAUUGUUGGGAAUACUCAAAGUUCCAUAGUAAUGGAUUUGGAUGGAUCAUAAACAAAUGGAUUAAAAUAUAUGAAUUAGAAGAUAAAGAAAUAGCUCAAUUUAAUCCAAUUAACGUUAGCCCUUCAUGGAUAUUUCCGGCAGUAAACGUAGACAUAAAACUCCUUAAAAUGAAAAACGAUUGGAAUUUAAAAGAAAUAGGGGUAAAAACCGAUAUAUACUUAAGAAACUCAUAUUAUAAUUAUGCUAAAAUAUAUUCAGAUGGUUCUAAGAAUUCAAAAGGAUGUGUGGGAAUAGGAAUUUAUAUAUCUGAGUUUAAAAUUGACAUAUCUAAAAGAUUAUCUGAUCAACUAUCUGUAUUCACGGCAGAAAUGGUGGCAGUUAUCAUCAGUUUGCAGUGGGUAGAGGAGGUGCGUCCAGACAGAGUAGUAAUUUGCACAGAUUCCAAAGCAGUCAUAGAAAGUAUUCAAGGAGAAGGAAACAAUAGGAAAGAUCUAGUACUAGAAAUUCAACAUAGCUUAUUUAGAUUAUACAGAGGUGGCAUUGAUGUUUGGUUCUGUUGGGUACCAGCACAUCAAGGUGUAAAAGGCAAUGAAAGGGCAGAUAAAUUAGCAAAAAGGGCUUUAGAUCAGGCAAUAACGAUUAAAAUACCUAUUGGCAAAGGGGAAGGGAAAUCAAUUAUUAAGAAUAAAGAAAUGGAAAUAUGGCAAAAAAGAUGGAAUGAAGAUAAGAAAGGAAGGAAAUUAUAUAAAAUACAGAAGUCAAUAUUUAGUAGAAAUGUUAAGGAGAGAAAUAGAAGGGAAGAAAUAAUAAUGACUAGAUUGAGAGUAGGGCACACAUAUUUAAAUGAUACUUUAUAUUUAAUAGGGAAGAAAAAUAAUGAUAAAUGCGAAAAAUGUGGAGAGAAAGAAAAUGUAGAACAUAUACUACUGAACUGUAAAACAUAUGAACGUGAAAGGGAGAAAUUGAGAAGAAUAGUUGGAAAGACAGAUCAAGAAUGGAGUCUGAAAGGAAUAUUGGGAAAUGAUGGAAAUAUAAUGGAUAUUUGUAUGAUAAGAAAAGCGUUAUUUAUUUUUCUUCAAAACACAAAAUUAAAAAAUAGAAUAUGACUGAUGUAGAAUACUGUUGCUACACACUCGUGUACAGUAGGUGGCGGUAUGCACCUUAAAGUUGAUUGCGACCCGCCAUAAUAGAAAAGAAGAAGAAGAAGAAGAAGAACCACGCUGCCAGAUUAUCGAACGCUUUCAGCAAGUAGUUUUCCAGCACUCCUACCUCGCCCUUAUCACGACCACGCCUUGUUCCUCGGACCUGUCCCUUUUGCCUCGCCCUUGUCGGACUAUUACUGAUUGCCGUUCUGGAUCUCGACCCACGCCUGUUGCUGUAACUCCGCUCUCGCCCACUCCCACGGAUUCUGUUCUCUGCCCCGAUCGUGUAUGACCUCCGCCCGUCUGACUAGGAUUCAGGAUCUGGAUUUGGUUCUUCUGCUUCCCCCACAAGUUGGCACGCUGCCCUGCAUCAGCGCUUCCCUCCCCAGGCACUUCGUCCCGAGCUCUGCGUCAGCACAGCAUCUGCUCCACUCCUUGUUCCUCAGCCGAUCCCCACAUUUACUGAACGCCAGGUGCAGGAGGAGUAUGCCAACAAUUCAGGCACCAGGACCACACCUGGGAUGUGGUCAGGCAAAGUGCUGGAUGGAAUGCAUCUGAGGUGACUGAUUCAUCCUGGAAUUUACCUCAAAAGGCACAAAGAGGAGUCAGCAUUAAACUCAACAGGGCAUUAGCAUUGGUGUCACUGUCUAUUGUAUUUCUCACAGGGAGCUCUAUUUUUGUUUUCAUUUCCACCAAAUGACUAUGUCUGUGCAUUCCUGUGAUCCUGGAGAAAGUGAUGAAAUCAGUGGCACUCCUGUUCCCCCACCUGGUUACCUCUGUUUAUAUGUCGCCCUGAGAAUGCGGUUACUAAGCGUCCAGACAAAACAUGCUUUGUGUUCCCAAGCAUGCAAGUAAGUGGACAAAAAAUGUCCCUCUCAGACAAAACAGCACACAUUAUAUAUCAACUUAUUUGCAUGUUUCCAUCACAUAUGCCUCAUCCUCUUGUUUUCCAAAGCUAUUUCCUGUGAUGUCAUAUGUUCAACAGAUCUACUUCCUCCCAUGCUCCAAUUUAUUUGGGGUUCUGUGACUGAGGUGUUCCAUCUUUAGGUGUGGAUUUUGAGGCCAAGUUCCCUAUCAGUAUUGAUAGAUUCCAGGAUUCGCUGCCUGUCUUGUUGGGUUGCAUAAUCCUUCUUUCUAAGAGAAGCUGUAGUAAAAUUUAAUGACUCUUCCCUCAGAUAACUAUGAGAACACACCACUGAAAGGUCAAUGUCAGUUGUAUAAUCACUCCAUCAACUUUCAAGUUUUACAUCCCUGUGGCAUGCAAACUUGCAAAAUAUCUGUCACUAUGAGCACCUUUUUCUGCUCUCUUCUCUAAUUGAUGUAUUUGAUGAAUCAUAUUUCCAUUGUAUGCUCUCGGCACAAGUCCCACACCCUCAACGGUUUACAGCUAAUCCCUGUUAUUAUCUCAGCAAAUA